GAAGUUCGCUACGGCUUUAGUCCAGAAGUCUAGAGGGUAGACAUUGGAUUCAGCCAUAGCGGCGACAUGUUGACCCGAUUGACGCGGUACGGGCCCGCUGUCCCCCGGUUACUCUCGAAUGUUCAAGCUCGGUAUGUGUCACAGUCGAAACCUACCGGAGCCGCCGGUUCGGCCGCUGUGACAGAGCUGCACCCCGCUGCAGAGGCCGGACACGGCGAGGUCAGCCCCUAUGUGAAGAAUCCAGACUACCAUGGCUUCUCCAGCGAUCCCGUGGUGGAUGACUGGAACAUGAAAGUGGGCUUCUUCUUUGGCAUCUCAGUGGUUCUUGUCAUCGGAGGAACAUUUAUCAACUACUUACCAGACCACGGCAUGCGGAAGUGGGCCAGAAGGGAGGCUGAGCGUCUGAUCGUGCAGAAAGAGAAAGAGGGUGUUCCUCUCAUAACGGAGAACUACUAUGACCCAAGCAAGCUUAUUCUGCCCACUGCUGGAGAGGAGUAGGAUGUCCAACGUCCAACUUAAUGUGUUUCAGGAUAACUGUAUUUCUCUAUGACAGAAUAAAUAUUGUACAUGUUGACUUGUGUAA